AUGUGUAUUGUGUCUGAUAGACAUGAAAGCAUCAUCAAGGCUGCAUCUAGAAUUUAUCCUGGUGUUCCUCAUUUUGCGUGCAUAUGGCAUCUUUGGAAGAAUGUAUAUAGUAGAUAUAGGAAAAGUGAUGAGAUGUUGAGUGGAGUGUUCUAUUCAAUGGCAAACGCAUACACGCAAGAAGAGUUUGAUAUGUUAAUGGAAAAGGUUGAGAAGGUGGAUAUUCGUGUGAAGGAAUACUUGGAUUUGGCUGGAAGGGAAAAGUGGGCUAGGCUUUAUGCUCCAGUUAAUAGAGCAUGGACUAUGACAUCAAAUAUUGUUGAGUCUAUCAAUUCGGCAAUCGUGCAAGCAAGAGAAUUGCUAAUCUAUGAUUUCCUUGAAGAAGUUAGGAUGAUGUUUGGACGAUGGAAUCACACCAACAGACAAAACGGUUCAUAUACAUUCACUACUCUUGGGAAAAAAUUCAAUGAGUUGCUAUCCAUCAAUGAGUAUAAAUCGACGCGCAUGAAGGUAAUACCAGCAACUGAAUACUUGCACACAGUAAUUGAUGAUGGACGGCGUUUCAUAGUUUGUCUUGAGAAGAAAACCUGCACUUGUAAAGAGUUUCAAAUGGAGGAGAUGCCAUGCCCACAUGCUUGGGCUGUUUUUAAAAGCAAGAAUCUAACAGCAGACAACUACUGUUCAAACUUAUACAAACCAGAGACUGUUGUGAAGACCUAUGAUGUCCCAGUGUAUCCUCUGCCUGAUGAGAGUGAGCGAAAAAUACCUGCAUCCAUCUCUGAAGAGAUAGUUCUGCCACUGAGAUAUAAGAGACCUCCCGGAAGGCCAAAGAAGAAACGCGAUAAGCCUUUAACUGAAUUUCUACCAAAUAAACGUUCAAAUUCUUGUAGUAGAUCUGGACAUGAAGGUCACAAUAGGCGCUCUUGUAGGAAUGAGCCUAGAAGAAAAUAG